GGCCCGGGACAGGGCGGACAUGGGCGCCAAGCAGAGCGGCCCGGCCGCUGCUAACGGCCGCACCCGCGCGUACUCGGGCUCGGAUUUACCUUCCAGCAGCAGCGGAGGGGCCAACGGGACUGCGGGCGGCGGGGCGCGAGCCGCGGCCGCCGGGAGGUUUCCGGCUCAGGUGCCCGGCGCGCACCAGCCCAGCGCCUCCGGUGGCGCCGCGGCGGCCUCGGCGGCCCCGCGCAGCCGCUCCCUAGGCGGGGCCGUGGGGACCGUGGCGUCGGGGGCCCGCGCGGCGCAGUCCACUUUCAGCAUCCCCAACAGCAGCAGCGGCCCGUACGGCUCCCAGGACUCGGUUCACAGCAGCCCCGAGGACGGCGGCGGCGGCGGCGGCGGCAGGGACCGGCCGGCGGGCGGGGGUCCCGGCGGCCCACGCCUGGUGAUCGGCUCCUUACCAGCUCACCUCUCGCCGCACAUGUUUGGAGGAUUUAAGUGUCCUGUAUGCUCAAAAUUUGUACCCUCAGAUGAAAUGGAUUUGCAUCUUGUGAUGUGUUUAACAAAGCCAAGAAUAACCUAUAAUGAGGAUGUGCUGAGUAAAGAUGCUGGGGAAUGUGCAAUAUGCCUUGAAGAAUUGCAGCAGGGAGAUACUAUAGCACGACUGCCUUGUCUAUGCAUAUAUCAUAAAGGCUGUAUAGAUGAAUGGUUUGAAGUAAAUAGAUCUUGCCCUGAGCACCCUUCAGAUUAAGCAUCAGCUUCCUGUUUUAUAGGUUUCCUUGUCUUUUCAAGAUGCUUGAAAAACUGAGAGGAUACGAAGAUUUAUCUCUGGAAAAGCAAAAACAAAAAUGCAGGCACACUCAGCCAGAAAUCUAAGUUCUGUGAGACUCAGUAAUGCAGAGAUGGACAAUCAUACAGGAAAAAAAAAAAUCCUGCUGAGGAGAGGACAAUUGUCACAGAACUCAGUGUACCAAACAUGCAUAUAAAGGACACACAGGGAUUUUGAAAAUGCUGCACAUCCCUUAAUAGUCAUCUACAUAGGUAAUACUGAUGAACAUUUUAUAUUCAGACACCAAAGUUAACUGAUUUAAAAGUUGAUUUACUUUUUAUUAAGUUCUCUAGAGCUGCGCAACUAGUUGUUUUUAAUUUGUUUUGGUUUUUAGUUUGAGGUCCCUUUAUUUUCCCAAACAUGAUGUUCCUGCAUUCAUCUAUUCUUAAAUUGAAGACCACAUAAUUUACUUCUUAAAAAUUAAAGUCUUGAAUGUGAAACCAAGAAAUGUAAUCAAGCAGUAAAACAUUCUCUGAAUGUA